AUGCGUAUUGGUGUGCACACCGGAUCGGUACUUUGCGGUGUUUUGGGUCUACGCAAAUGGCAAUUCGACAUCUGGAGUGAUGAUGUGACGCUAGCGAAUCGUAUGGAAUCAGCCGGAGUUCCUGGAGCCGUUCAUGUCACGAAAGCAACCAAGGAAGCACUGCUGGGUGAUUAUCGAAUCGUUGAAGCACAAUCAGAUGAUCCUAUGCUGGAGGCUUUGGGACAGCCAACCUAUCAUAUUUUGCCGGAUAAAGCCUCAUUGCUCGAACGAACUGCUUCAAUUUAUAGGAACAGGUGA